AAGGCGCUCAAUCUUCUAAAAGAACGAGAUGACAUUGUUAUCACAAGGCCCGAUAAGGGAUCUGGUACCGUAGUAAUGGAUAAAGAGGAAUAUCUGCGUCUUUUACGUCAAGUAUCUAUAGCUGAUACAUCAAAAUUUACAACGAUUGAUCCAAACCGUCCGAAAACUCGAGGCCGUCCACCCAAGCAUUUUCACCCUCUUCUGCAGAAAGAAAAAGAGUUGAAAGCAGUUUUACAUCAAGUUCUUCCCGUGAAACUGGCUGAAUCGUUGUCUCCCAAAGGUUCCCGACUAGCGCACUUGUAUGGAUUACCAAAAACUCACAAGCCUACUCUGAGUAUGCGUCCAAUUCUGUCAGCCUCAGGGACAUACAACUAUAAGUUAGCUAAAUGGUUGGAGGAAAAGCUCAAGCCUCUCUCGAUGAAUCAAUACACCAUUGACGACGCUCUUGGUUUCUCUAAAGAAAUUCGCGAACAUCCUGUCCUUGAAGGCGAUAUACUGGUUUCAUACGACGUAACGUCAUUGUUCACAAAUGUCCCAGUUCAGGAAACCAUCAACAUCCUUGUCGAGAAAGCCUUCACCGAUAAUUGA